AUGUUGCUCGUAGAUAAACAAACACAAUCGGUCACUACUGGUCGCAAACGGAAAAUCGUCUUACCUGAUGACUGCAGGGAAAAGCGCGUACGCUGUUCAUGGACAGAACUCGAGUACGAGAUGGUACUUGAAGAAGCGACAUUAUUACGUGAAGAGCUUGGACUUUUACUAUUCAUGGCUGUGGACUUAUGUAAAGACCUUGGUGGUGAUGAUGCACGUGUCCGGAGUUUCUCCGCUACAUUGGAACAAAUAGGCGAAGUUAUGGCCUCGUCACAGACAUUUACAGUACCACAGAUUCGUGAAAUGUGUCAACAAAUGUUGGCAAUGAUGCAACAUCUUUGUCAAGUCCAUUACAAUCAUUUUGAACUCAUCGAUAUGCAAGAUCAACUACGAGAAUGUCGCAAUCGGUUCAUGCUCUUUAUUGGCAAGAACGCCGCCAUGAUUGGACUGUAA